UGGACGGGAGAAUGGAGGACCUUCUCUUUGCGCAAAGAAACCUCGGAAUCAGAUAAAGAUUUUCUUUUCUUUGACUAGAAACGACUGUGCUGCUUAAUGAUUAGAGGCGUAACAUGAUGAGGACGGUUUAGGUGGCGGGUUUAUGGAGACGGCUCCGAUGCUACGUAUGCAGCAGACCCUCGGUGGGACCAACAGCAGCCGGAGAGAGAAGCUUUUCUAUCAUGAGAGAGUGUGAGCCAAGCUUUCUGGAGGGUGCCACAAUCUAGCCGACAAGGUUGCCGAAAGACACGCUCUGUGCAGCGAGGAAAACGCGGAGGAACAGUGCAGAGUUGGUUAAGUUUUAGGGAAUGGCAGGAAGAAGCCGAAGAGCAUGGUUCAGUGUUCUGUUGGGACUGGUUGUCGGGUUUACUCUGGCUUCCAGACUUAUUUUGCCCAGGGCCACGGAGUUGAAGAAAGCUGGUCAGAAGCGCAAGGCAAGCACCGGUGGCUGCGGGUUGCACGGUCUAAGAAAAGACGGCGGCGCGCUGGUGUGGCAACCGCAAGAUAACGGAUUAUUGUCAACUGUGAAGCCGGUCCCCCGGUCCAGUAGUUUCCUUUUCGUCGGCGUUAUGACCGCUCAGAAGUAUCUGAACAACCGUGCCGUGGCUGCUUACAGGACUUGGGCCCAGACCAUCCCGGGCAAGGUGGAGUUCUUCUCCAGCGAGGGCUCGGACACCUCCAUCCCCAUCCCCAUCGUGCCGCUGAAGAACGUGGACGACUCGUACCCGCCGCAGAAGAAGUCCUUCAUGAUGCUCAAGUACAUGCACGACCACUACCUGGACCACUACGAGUGGUUCAUGCGCGCCGACGACGACGUCUACAUCAAGAGCGAGCGGCUGGAGAGCUUUCUGCGCAGCCUGAACAGCAGCGAGGCCAUCUUCCUGGGCCAGACGGGCAUGGGCGCGCGCGACGAGCUGGGCAAGCUGGCGCUGGAGCCCGGCGAGAACUUCUGCAUGGGUGGGCCCGGCGUCAUCAUGAGCCGGGAGGUGCUGCGGCGCAUGGUGCCCCACAUCCGCCAGUGCCUGCAGGAGAUGUACACCACCCACGAGGACGUGGAGGUGGGCCGCUGCGUGCGCAGGUUCGCCGGCGUGCAGUGCGUCUGGUCCUAUGAGAUGCAACAGCUGUUCUAUGAGAACUACGAGCCCAACAAGAAGGGCUACAUCCGCGACCUCCACAACAGCAAGAUCCACCGCGCCAUCACGCUGCACCCCAACAAGAACCCGCCCUAUCAGUACCGGCUGCACAGCUACAUGCUGAGCCGCAAGAUCGCCGAGCUGCGGCACCGCACCGUGCAGCUGCACCGCGAGAUCGUGCAGAUGAGCCGCUACAGCAGCGCCGAGGUGCGCAAGGAGGACCUGCAGCUGGGCGUGGCGCCCUCCUUCAUGCGCUUCCACCCGCACCAGCGGGAGGACGUGCUGGAGUGGGAGUUCCUCACGGGGAAGUACAUCUUCUCGGCGGCCGACGGGCAGCCGCCGCGGCGCGGCAUCGACUCCUCGCAGCGGGUGGCGCUGGACGACAUCAUCAUGCAAGUGAUGGAGAUGAUCAACGCCAACGCCAAGACGCGGGGCCGCGUCAUCGACUUCAAGGAGAUCCAGUACGGCUACCGCCGGGUCAACCCCAUGUACGGGGCGGAGUACGUACUGGACCUGCUCCUGCUGUACAAGAAGCACAAGGGCAAGACCAUGACGGUGCCGGUGAGGAGGCACGCCUACCUGCAGCAGACCUUCAGCCGGAUCCAGUUCCGGGAGGAGGAGGAGAUGGACGCGGCGGAGCUGGCUGCCAGGAUCAACCAGGACUCGGACUCGCUCUCCUUCCUCUCCAACUCCCUCAAGAUGCUGGUGCCCUUCAAACUGAGCAGCGCGGGCGCCGACGCCAAGGAGCCCAAGGAGAAGAGGAUCAACAUCCUGGUGCCGCUGUCGGGCCGCUACGACAUCUUCGUGCGCUUCAUGGCCAACUUUGAGAAGGUCUGCCUCAUCCCCAACCAGAACGUCAAGCUGCUGAUCUUGCUCUUCAGCACGGACAACAACACGGAGCGCGUGAAGCAGACGGAGCUGAUGAGGGAGUACCACAUGAAGUACCCCCGGGCGGAGAUGGAGAUCCAGCCCGUGUCGGGCUCCUUCUCCCGGGCGCUGGCCCUGGAAGUCGGCUCCUCCCGCUUCUCCAACGACUCCUUGCUUUUCUACUGUGACGUUGACUUACUGUUUACAGCCGACUUCUUGAAGAGGUGUAGGGGCAACACGAUACUGGGCGAGCAGACAUACUUCCCCAUCAUCUUCAGCCAGUACGACCCCAAGGUUGUCUACGCCGGGAAGGUCCCCAGCGACAACCACUACGUGUUCACCUCCAAAACGGGGUUGUGGAGACACUACGGCUUCGGCAUCGUCUGCGUAUACAAAGGCGACCUGGUCCGAGCCGGAGGGUUCGACGUCUCCAUCCAGGGCUGGGGCCUGGAGGACGUGGACCUCUUUAACAAAUUUGUCCAAUCAGGGAUCAGACUGUUCAGAAGCACAGACACUGGCAUAGUGCACGUUCAUCACCCCGUCAUAUGUGACCCCAACCUCGAUCCGAAACAGUACAAAAUGUGCCUGGGGUCCAAGGCCUCGUCACAUGGGUCGACACAGCAGCUGGCUGAACUGUGGCUUGAAAAGAAUGACCAUGGCUUCCGAAAAAUCAGCGGUAGCAAUAACGGAUCAAUGAGGACAGAAUGAACCAGCAAGACCGUAACCUGACCGACUGCAUAUCGGUGUUCUUUUUUUAACUACCUAAUUUAUUUUUUACAAAA